AUGUCCCCUGGAGCGGAACUUCUUGGUGUGGCGCCUGAUGAGCCUCUUGGCCUUGGUUAUGGUGAGCUGCCUCGCAAACGGCGAGAACUCAGCAUCGCUCUCGCUCCAGUCUCCGCCGUGCAGUUCGUUUUCGGCCUCUCCCCUCAUUGUGCGCAGGACAAAGGCCUUUGCCUUGCGGCGCUGGGAAUUGAAGAGUCCCCUUAUGGAAGUCACGAAGCCAUCCCCAGCUCCAUCCGCAGGCCGCUUUGGCCACGCGAUUGGGAUCUGCUGAUCUCCCCUCUCAGCCGAGCCCCCAUCACUUGGCCUCAUCUUGCUGUUCAAGGUACAAGUUCAUUAGCCACAGAUUCUGCCACAUUCUCUUCCCAUGUUCUGUCAAAGGAAGAUGUUCUCCUGAGCUCCGUUCCAUUUUACCUCGACAUUCCAGGUCAGGUUGGUUUCACCUUAGAACAUACUACUCAAAAUAGAAAAGCACACUGCCUAAAAUUCUUGAAGUCAAUGGAAAUCACGGAGAAGAAAUCACAUCCUGACGUUCCAGAAUCAGCAGUAAUGCCAGAUUGGUUAGUUGCAGAUGAAGCUGCAAAAUUAAAGUAUGAUUGGCAGAUGUGGAAGCAUCGCUAA